UGCACUGUAAUCUAAAACCUACUCUCACAUAUCGCGUAUUCAACGAAAUGUUUAUAUUCCUACACCUCCGAGUAUAUUCGGAGCCGGUACGUUCCGAGAAACUACCGCGGAAUAUUUUGCAAAGAUGUCUCGCUGGUUUUACUGGUUUUUUGUGGCAUUUAUCAUCGUCGCCGGCGAGUUGACCUGCGUUGCGACUACCAGUGAGGAUCAGUGCAUCGAUUACUACAAAACUGGUGAAGAUUUCGACUUGAACCUGUUAGUCGGCGACUGGUUCGCCGUUUACUACUGGCCACCGCUACAGAGGCAGAGAGGAAAAUGUGAAAUGAUAAAAUUUAGUACAAUAAACUCAUCGGAAAUCGGUUGUGCUGCCGCUAAUGUGCCGUCUGGAUCAACAGUUCUCAAGUCGACGUACAAGAACAGCGCAGAUAAAAUACGAGAUGUAUUUUAUUACGGCGCGGAGGAAGUCAAACAACAAAUUCGUGAUUGUAAUCGCGUUUCCAAGUACAUAUUCAUAGACUUGUUUGAAGGAUACGUCAUGGGCAUUAACUGUUCUUCGGAAGGACGCGGGAUUCUUUUGGCAAAGACGCUGCCGACGAACGAAGACUUACAGUCAGUUGUUGAGGACAUACCUGUAAUGACGGGACGGUUUGGGAGCCCUGAUUGUUCACUUGCCCGCUAGACUUUAAUAAUGUGAAUUAGAAUUAAGAAAAUAAGUACCUAUUUCGUUCUUUAUUAAUGUUAAUUAGAUGACUAAGAACGGGGAGAAUUUUUGUACCUACAAAUAUUGUUAUUAAUAAAACAUAUUUUUGUUUA